AAAUUCUGUAUUUAAAAGGUGAACUUUGAUUCUCAUUUGUAAAAGCCUUGUCCUUGAAAAUUUGUAUUUUUGGAGCAUACACAUCAGAAUCUUAUUUCCAAAGUAUUUAUCAAGUUAUUUGCCGUUACAAAGUAUACACAAUGAUUUACUAUUACACACCAAGCUUCACCAUUAAGGAUACACCAUUAAAAACCACCUAGUAUACACUUAAAGUUCAUGUUGAACAAUUUUUUUGAAUGUAUUAUGUAAAAGCAUAUGUCAGACAGUUGUUAAGUUAUAGUGGAGAAUAACAUUUGUUAGUUUAGCCGUGACAUUUCUUUAACUUAACAUUCAGUCAUAACACAUACUGGUGUGCUUACUACAUGCCAGACAGUCUGCUAGGUACUGGGGUACAAUUUUGAGACAGCAGACACGAAGCCCGUGCUCUUAAAAAUGAAUUUAAAAGAGUUCUGACAUCAAGAACAUAGACUUUAUCUUCUGAGGUUGUGGGAAUUUGGGGGAGUAUAUUUGUAACUCUCCCAGUCUCUGGUGUUUGAACAAACUAUGCACAAAUAUGAGGAACUAUAUGAACAUGCAGUUGCCUAUUCCUGUGUAACAAACAACCUUAAAGUAACUGAGUUAAAACAACCAUUUUGUUCAGUUUUGCUCUCCUGGAUGGAGCUCAGUUGGGUAGUUGUGCUGGCUUUGCUGGUGAGCCCUGCAAAGGCUGGAUGUGUUCAGAUGGUGGCUCACCUGGAGACUGGACACACAUUCUUGUAGUCUCAGAGUCCUUUCCUUUCCCUGUGGGCUUGGCAUCAGGGUUGACAGCUUUAACUGGUAGCUUAGUGUUUACAAGAGUGAAAAAGCAGAAGCAACCAGACUUUCUGAAGGCCUAGGCUUGUGGCUGGCACAGGACCACUUCUGCUUCCAGUUGGGUAAAGCAAAUUAGAGGUUUAUUUACACAAGUUCAUGAAUCCAUUUAAGGCCAACACUGUAACAGGUUUUCACAAUUUAAUUAAUUUUGGAUUAGGAUUUGAACCCAGGGCCUUCACACUGCGUUAUAUCCCCAACUAUGUGUCUUUGUGAGACAGAGUCAUGCCAAGUUUUCUAGGCUGGGCUUGAAAUUGGGAUCCUCUUGCCCCAGCUUCCCGGAGUGCUGGUGGUUUGAACCACCAUAGCUGGCUGAUUACACAAAUUUGAUUUUAAGUAUUUAACAUCAGCUGUAUUACUCAGAACCAGGUCUGGAAAACUGCUUUGGAACCUGAGGGUUAGGAUGCUUACUGCUUUCUGCGAAUUUAGACUGAAUUGUUGCUUGCUGGAGGGAAAGGAAGGGGGAGGCUGAAUCUAAGGUGCAAAUAGUGGCACAAUUGGCUUACCACACCGAAGGCAAGGCAAGAGCUGGAGCUGUUUGCUCAGAAGUGAAGAGGGUUUAGAAAUGGAGCCAAGAGGUAGAGUGCCCUGAGGGCCUGGGGGUCAGUGAGGGUAGGGAAGAGAAAGAAAACAUGAAGAGGGAAUUUUGGACCUCUGUGGUUUGACCUAGUAGCUGCCAUAGUGGGGCACAAGUGACUGAUUCUGCUUGUGGGCAGUAGGCUCCAACAAAGUGUAGGACCAAGACCCCAGGCUGCUUAGACUCAGUAGUAAUUUACUCAGUUUGGUGAAUUGGGUCAGACAGUACCACAUGCAGAGUGGCUUAUGGCUUAUGGCUACAGACAGGCAGAUAGCUGUGCCCUCAACAUGACACCUGUGAGCCCAGACCUCGGCCGGUCAAUCUGACCUUAACCAUCCUUGACCAACCUGUGCCUCACAUGUGUACUUUCUGUUUGCAGUGUCUUCGAAAAAGUCAGGAUAAAUCUCCUUUUGGGGGAGACACCACUAGAGUGGAGCGAAUACUCUUUCCUUCUGGAAUCUGGAGUGGAAUUCCUUACAGAAUAUAAGGAACAAGGUUGUCUCUUCACCAGACUAUGAGCUCCUUGAAAGAAAGAAUCGUGUGUUACUCAUCUUUAUAUCCCCAGUGUCUAGCACAGCUCUUGAUACCUAGUUUAAGCUGAAUUUUGGGACAUGGCCACUGCGUCACCACGGUCUGAUACUGGUAAUAAUCACAGUGGAAGGUUGCAGUUACAGGUAACUGUUUCUAGUGCCAAACUAAAAAGAAAAAAGAACUGGUUUGGAACAGCAAUAUAUACGGAAGUAGGUGUAGAUGGAGAAAUUAAAAAAACAGCAAAAUCCAGUAGUUCUUCUAAUCCAAAAUGGGAUGAACGGUUAACUGUAAGUGUGACCCCACAGACUACAUUGGAAUUUCGAGUUUGGAGUCAUCAUACCUUAAAAGCAGAUGCUUUACUAGGAAGAGCAACUAUAGAUUUGAAACAAGCUCUGUUAAUGCAUGAUAGAAAAUUGGAAAGAGUGAAAGAACAAUUAAAACUUUCCUUGGAAAACAAGAAUGGCAUAGUGCAAACUGGUGAAUUGACAGUUGUGCUUGAUGGAUUGGUGAUUGAGCAAGAAAAUCUACCGAGCUGCACCUCAUCUCCAACUAAAAUGCAGCAAAAUGGUGAUGCCUUACAUGAAAAUGGAGAGCCUUCAGCAAGGACAACUACCAGGUUGGCUGUUGAAGGUACUAAUGGAGUAGAUAAUCAUGUACCUACAAAUUCUGUAGUCCAAAAUACAUGCCAUUUGUAUAUAGUUAAUGGAGACAGUGCACCUUCACCUCCAUCUCAGGUUGCUGCCAGACCCAAAAAUUCACCAGCUCCAAAACCACUCUCAUCUGAGCCUCCCAGUGACACUGUUAAUAGAGAAUCAUCCUCAUCUGCACCGAAUGACAAUGCUUCUGCCGUGGAUAUUCCUGUAGCAUCUGAAGAAACCUCUUUAACUUCAAAUUGCCCUAGUGCUACCAUAGAAGAUCCUCCCAUUCAAGAGAUAGUGGCUUCCUCAGAACACAGUGAAAGUGUUCCUUCCUCAAGCGCAGAAUCUGGAGCUAGGAGCAUAUUAGACCCUGACUCCUCUAAUUCUGGAAGUAAUUCUGCUUUUGACAAAAUUAGGCAGCCAGAUGGGUGUAUGGAACCUGUACGACAGCAGUCUGGAAAUACCAACACAGAAUCUUUGCCAUCGGGGUGGGAACAGAGAAAAGAUCCUCAUGGUAGAACCUAUUAUGUAGAUCAUAACACUCGAACUACCACAUGGGAGAGACCACAACCUUUACCUCCAGGUUGGGAAAGAAGAGUUGAUGAUCGUGGAAGGGUUUAUUAUGUGGAUCAUAACACCCGAACAACGACGUGGCAGCGGCCUACCAUGGAAUCUGUUCGAAAUUUUGAACAGUGGCAGUCUCAGCGGAACCAGCUGCAGGGAGCUAUGCAACAGUUCAACCAGAGAUACCUCUAUUCGGCUUCAAUGUUAGCUGCAGAAAACGACCCAUAUGGACCUUUGCCACCUGGCUGGGAAAAAAGAGUGGAUUCAACAGACAGGGUGUACUUUGUGAAUCAUAACACAAAAACAACUCAAUGGGAAGACCCAAGAACUCAAGGUUUGCAGAAUGAAGAACCCUUGCCAGAAGGCUGGGAAAUUAGGUAUACUCGGGAAGGUGUUAGGUACUUUGUUGAUCAUAACACAAGAACAACAACAUUCAAAGAUCCUCGCAAUGGGAAGUCAUCCGUAACUAAGGGUGGUCCACAGAUUGCUUAUGAGCGCAGCUUUAGGUGGAAACUUGCUCACUUCCGUUAUUUGUGCCAGUCUAAUGCAUUACCCAGUCAUGUAAAGAUCAAUGUGUCCCGGCAGACAUUAUUUGAAGAUUCUUUUCAACAGAUUAUGGCAUUAAAACCCUAUGACUUGAGGAGACGAUUAUAUGUAAUAUUUAGAGGAGAAGAAGGACUUGAUUAUGGUGGCCUAGCAAGAGAAUGGUUUUUCUUGCUUUCACAUGAAGUUUUGAACCCAAUGUAUUGCUUAUUUGAGUAUGCGGGCAAAAACAACUAUUGCCUACAGAUUAAUCCAGCAUCAACCAUUAAUCCAGACCAUCUUUCAUACUUCUGUUUCAUUGGUCGCUUUAUUGCAAUGGCACUAUUUCAUGGAAAAUUUAUUGAUACUGGCUUCUCUUUACCAUUCUACAAGCGCAUGCUAAGUAAAAAACUUACUAUUAAGGAUUUGGAAUCCAUUGAUACUGAAUUUUAUAACUCCCUUAUAUGGAUAAGAGAUAACAACAUUGAAGAAUGUGGCUUAGAGAUGUAUUUCUCUGUUGACAUGGAAAUUUUGGGUAAGGUUACAUCACAUGACCUGAAACUGGGAGGUUCUAACAUCCUGGUGACUGAGGAGAAUAAAGACGAAUACAUUGGUUUAAUGACAGAAUGGCGUUUUUCUCGAGGAGUACAAGAACAGACCAAAGCUUUCCUUGAUGGUUUUAAUGAAGUUGUUCCACUUCAGUGGCUGCAGUACUUUGAUGAAAAAGAAUUGGAGGUUAUGCUGUGUGGCAUGCAGGAGGUUGACUUAGCAGAUUGGCAAAGAAAUACCGUUUAUCGACAUUAUACAAGAAACAGCAAACAAAUAAUUUGGUUUUGGCAGUUUGUGAAAGAGACAGACAACGAAGUGAGAAUGCGACUCUUACAGUUUGUCACUGGAACCUGCCGCUUACCUCUGGGAGGAUUUGCUGAGCUCAUGGGAAGUAAUGGGCCUCAAAAAUUUUGUAUCGAAAAAGUUGGGAAAGAUACCUGGUUACCAAGAAGCCAUACAUGUUUUAAUCGCUUGGAUCUACCACCAUAUAAGAGUUAUGAACAACUAAAGGAAAAACUUCUCUUUGCAAUAGAAGAGACAGAGGGAUUUGGACAAGAAUGAAUGUGGCUUUUUGUCUUGGAGGAGCGCUUGCAUUUAAAUACCCCAGCCAAGAGAAAUUGCGCAGAUAGUGUAUAUAAGCUGUUCAUUCUGUACAGUGAAUUGUCUGAACCUCUCAAAGCAUAAAUGUUUUCCGUUCCACAGAAAUAUGCAAAAGUCAUCGUUUUCUACUUUAUUUAUUGUUCCUUUGAAAUGACGACCAGAAAAAAGAUCAUCCUUAAAUUUUGAAGCAAGAGACUUUAUUAAAAAUAAGUAUAUAUCUAUAUAAGCAUAUAUGAUAGUGGCUCUAGUUUUAUAGAGCUCCAGGUGUAUUAAACAUGACAGCUGUUCAUUCACAAAGAUCUGAAUUUGCUUUACCUUGUUUCUGUGAUCCAGGGAAAUGUGCAAAUUGCUCCAUGUUCUUCUCCCUUAUGUAACAUCUCCAGAGGGUGUUUAGUUGCAUGGCUAUUCAGGAAGGUAUUAAGGGCUUAGGCCAAAUCUUGAGUGUAUUUAAAAAAAAUGCUGCUGGACUUUCUGAAGACAGGUACUUGAACCUGUCAUUUUGUUUUAAAUCCAUUAGUGAAAAAUGUCCCUCUUUGCUAUAUCAGUAAUACAGUAAAAGUAAUGAGUGAAACUAACUUACAUGGAAGUCACAUACUAGAUCUAAUAAAAUUUAGUUUGUUAUGGAGGUUGGAAAGAAUUCAUUGAGCAGUGUAGAGGUUUGUUUACAUGUUACUUUGGGGUGAUAGUUAUUUGUGAAAUUAAAAAGAAUUGGCUACUUCUGUUUUUAAGAUCUGUGACUCUUUAAAUUCUAUUCAUAAUAAAUUGAUGUACUUUGGUACUUAGGAACAUAUAAAAGUUCAUGAGAAAUUUGCCACUUUUGUUCAUGUUCAAAGAUUUGGUUUUAUAAAAAGCAAAUAAGAGUGAAUAAAACAAGAUGGAUUGAAAAGUUUACAUAAGCAUUUGAACACUCAAAUAGAAGACUAGUGAUUUUUCUAUUAGUGUUUGAAUGUCUUCAUUCUGUUUAAAUUCAUGAAAAUUCUGUAUCUAAAUAAGCAUACCCACCCUCCUUUUACAUGGAUCAGUUUAUGUUUAUCCUAACAAUACUUUGUAUUUCAUUAUAAGGGCAUUUGUUGAACUACAAAGAUGUAUAUAACAAAUCAAAAUCUAAUAUGAAUGAUAUUCUGCUUUAGGAAACUGGGCUUCCUAAUACAAAAAUUUUAAUGUCCAGUUUUAAUCACGCUUUCAAAUAUGCACUGUAAAUUUUAUUAACUUAAAAAUUUUUUAUAACCAUGGAACUGACUUCUUAGAAUGUUUCCUGUAAAUAUUUCACUGCUAAGUGCAUGUGGGAAAUACUGGUAUACAAUCUAACUUCCAUAAACACUAGUUGUUUUGCCAAAAUUUUAUUUUUCUACAUAUUGAACUGUUUCGAAUUUUUACUCAAAAUCCAUAGUAAAUAUAAAAUAAAGGCAGUGACACACUUAACUGAUCAGACUCCUUUCCCAAAUCCUAACUACAAACAUUCUGGCUUGUUUUUUGUGUGUGUUAGGUUAUACAGUAGAGCCUGACCAUUGUUUCAGGAUUGCUUAAACGUGUUCAGUAACAGGCACAGUCACAGUACCACUGGCAUAUGAAGUUUGGUACGACAGAAGUUAUUCAGUGGAGCUACGAGAGAAUUAAGUUAGCAGAUCUGACAGGGAUGGCUUUCAGGUAGGGUUUCAGGGUGCUGGUCCCUCCAGUAAUUUGCUGUGCACUGGGUCAGGCUUCACAGAGCCCACAAGACCAAGCCGUCUUACCAAGGAAGACUUAAUUUGCAGACUCCAUCUGACUGUUGCAUUUCAUACCCUACUGUAGAUUAUCUACUCACUAGCAGAAUGGUAGAGAAAUGUGACCACCACUUUUUCCUUUCUCCUUAUAACUGAUCUGAGCCUGAACAGCCAGAAAGGAAUUAGAAGUACAAGGCUCACUGUGCCUGGACAUAGCUCAUGAAUGAACAGAAGACAAGAGGAAGCCUAGACAGGUUCACUUUGAUGACACUCCCCACCAGCACCAGUGGGAAAAGGGUCACAUGUUCAUCCUUCACAUCAGUUGUCUGUUCUCCAGAGAAAGAACCUAUUUGGUGUUUUUCUGUACUUGUUAAACAGUUAAAAGUAAAAAUGUUAACUGCUGACAUCAGUUACCCAACCUGUGUCAUACUACCCUGAAAACUCUAUGGGACAGUAUGUAUUACUAUAUCAACAGGCAGCUUCACUCCUGUUAAAAGUGACCCUGCUCACUGAGAAGUUGCCUCUGGAAGGGGAAAACUCCAGAUACGUAGUAAGAAGCUGUAACUGGGUUUCUGAGAGGGUGAAAACCUGGAACUAACUGUUCCUUAUGAGGACUUCACUUGGGGAGACUAUGGUUGACGGAGUUGUGUGGAUGCUGUGCUACACGAGACUGCUGUUACAAAGCUGUCUUCUGGCCAGUUCUUAGCCAACUGCUUUCUGAGUACACCAGUGCCAAGCUAAAGCCUGCUGUAGACCUGCUGAGUCCUAAUGUUUGAACCUAGGACAACAUGGUGGACAUUGCAGAAUAUCUUUGUUGAAACAUGUACGAGAAAAUAAAAGUUCUCCAACACUC